CCACGAGUGCUACCAUACGCCUGCAUGCUUGCUGCUGCUGUACUGCUCGCCUGGGGAAAUACACCUGUACACGGCACCCCGUACGACAAGCAUUCUGAACCCAAUACCGCCUGCCACCUGUAUCCAUCCUUUACAAGGCCCAUCUCUCGUCUCAAUGCUGAGCGCACAGCGCUACUCUUGUUUUUCGGUAUUUUUUAUUUUAUAUUCGUCAACAACACAGCACCUUCAUAAUCUGUUCCUGGACAAUCAUAAAAGGCGACCAAAGCCUCUCUUCGACCGUUUAAUUCGCUGGCGCCUAUCACUCCUCUCCCUCCCCUUUGUUUGUCUUUACCCUAACCUCUCUCUCACUCGCACACACACACUCUCACUCUCACUCCUUACC